AUAGUAAUCCAUUAAUCAUCAAAUUUUACAAUACCAAGCAUCAAAGAAGUUUGUAUAGAGUUAUACCAGCCGCUAUACAUGGAGCAUAUCAAAGGACUAAGAUUGGUCAGAAGAGAUAAAAGUGAAAUCGAGGCCGAAGAUUUCUUACGAGAAAAAGAAAUUAUAGGCUUUUUCUUUGGAAACAGGUUGUGUCCUUGGUGUUUAGGAUUUACGUCGUAUCUUGAUGAUAUCUACGUGAAGCUACAGAAGCAGGGAGCAUCUUUUGAAGUUAUUCUCGUAUCUAGUGACGAUAGAGAGGAAGGAAUGUUCGGUUAUAUGGAUCAAAUGGAGAUCGAGUGGCCAGCGGUCCCAUUCGGCUCAGACGUCCGGCAGAAAUUGGCAAAAUUGUAUGAUGUAAAGUCUACACCAGCCUUAAUCAUUGUGAAGAAUGAUGGGACAGUGAUAACCACAGAAGGCGUGGAUGAAGUGGAGGAAAAAGAAGCCGAAGUUUUUAAAGAAUGGUCUCGAUGACUGUAAUAUAAGUAUAAUUCACUCUCAUUUGAUUUUGCGAGUAAAGAGCAUGUAUAAUUUUGCUUCUACAGCCAAGAAAACAAUUUAUUGUGACAGAAAAUUAUUGGAUAUUAUGGUUUACUUGAAUUAUUGUAAAUUGGAAGUGAUAUAGAUUUAACUUCGACGUUUCUUUUAUGUGUUUGUAAUGAUAUUUAUAUGCAGUAUAUAAAGCUUCAAGCUGCUAUUUUUGUAUGGAACUAUGAUGACCACUUCCGUCUGUUCAUUACACAUAUUUUUCAUAUUCUCAGUUGUGUUAUUUUAAAAAACGUUUUAGGCAAUAUGGUGACAUGUUGGAUGAUUUUCUCUGACCUUUUCUUGCCUCUGUAUAGUUGUGGAA